AUGUGCAUGCAGCAAUCCGCAUGGCCGGCCCGACCAGUUCCGACCAGUUCCUUAUCAGCGCGUCCCAGCCCAAGCCCCCGCGGCUGCCGGGGCCGUUCCGGGCCGCGACAAGGUGAUAAACGCAGAAAUCCUCGGGGCAGGGCGGGAUGGCCGCGCCUGGAACCAGCCCCGCAGCCCCCGGAGCGCCUUUCCCGGCGGGAAUGCCGGGGGAUAGGGGGGAGGAGAGCCGGGAGGCGCCGGGCUGCCUCGGGAGGGGAUGAUCUGGGUGGGCAGCGGCCUUGGGAGACCCUCCCGCAGGGCCACGAGGUGACGGACGGACAGACGGACCCGCCGGGAGGGGACAGCAGCGGCGCCGGCACGGCAGCAAAGCGGAUCCCGCAGCUCCCGGAGGCGCCCUCGGCCAGCAUGUUCCACCCGCCGGGCUGCAGGAGGAGCUUCCCCAGGGAGCCUGCUCCGUGGUGGGAUGGGCCGUGGCCGUGUCCCCCUGAUGGCCCUGAGGACACCUGGGAUGGGCCACCUUGGGACGGGCCACCUUGGGAUGAACCACCUUGGGAUGAACCACCUUGGGAUGAACCACCAUGGGAUGGGCCACCAUGGGAUGAACCACCAUGGGAUGGGCCACCAUGGGAUGGGCCACCAUGGGAUGGGCCACCAUGGGAGCAGCAGCCCAGGAGACGCCGGCGCAGGAGGGGCCCGCCCAGCCCCAGAGCCUUCCCUGGCCCUGGGGACGUGCCCUGGAACGAGGAGGAGCAGGACAGGAGGUGGGCACCCCCCGAGUGUCCCCUGCCACCGCCCUGGCCUGACAGAGCAGCCGUGCCAGGAGCUGAGGGUGACUUUGGAGAGUGCUGGUACCAGGAUCCGCCGCCUGACCCCUGGCCUGAGUACCCCGAGGAGAAGCAGCCCCAGCCCCAGCCCCAGCCCUGGCCCCCGUCCGGCCCUGCAGGGAAUCCAGGGAAUUUCCCCCAGCACCGCCCGCCCUGGAGCCACCACCCGGCUGGGACACGACGGAGCCGCCCCCGGCAGCUGCUCCCGGUGCCCCGGGCGUGGUGUCCCCGACCCUCCCGAGGGCACAAGCCGCGCUCCAGGAGGAGCCAGCCCGGGGCCAGGAAGGAGCCGCAGCCCCCGGAGCCUCCCCAGCGCCCGGAGCCGCCCCCAGGGGCUGCAGAGAGGCAGGAGCAGCCGCAGGAUGUGCCAGCGGGGACUGGGGGUGUUCUGGAGCCCCCCAACCCGGCCAGGAGCCCUCUGGAGAGCCCAGCUGCUGAUGGUGGUGCUGAUCCUGGUGCUGCAGAGCUGCAGGUGGAGCUGGGAGCUGGGCACAGCCCCGUGGGCAGCCAGGAUCAGGGUCCCUGUGCUCCAGGAGCAGAUCCAGCCCCUCCUGAGGAGACUUCCAGGAAUCCUGAGAUCCAGGAGCACCUUGAGGCGGAGCCGUGCGGUGUCCCCAGGGCUGGCGGCGGUCACGGGUCACCUCCCCAGAGCCCGGCAGCCCCUCCAGACCCUGCCAGGAGGGAAAUCCUGGAGUGCAGCAGCUCUGGGGAGGCAGAGCUCAGCCCUCGUUCCUGUGGGGCUGGGGAAACUGAGGCACGAGCUGCCCAGGCUGGGCCUCUGCAGAGCCUUCAUCCUCCUGAGAACCCUCAGCUUCCUCCAGGACCUGCAGCAGAGCCCAAAGCCCAGCCCAGCCGAGCUGCUCCAGCCGCCUGCACCCCACCAGAGACCUCCACAGCGCCCCAGAGCCCACCUGGGGCUGGUGCCACCAACCAGGUACGGGGUCGGGGUGUCCCCAGUGUCCCCCCGGGCUUGGGGGCGCUGCCAGAACCCAGGGGGGUCCCUGUGGCUGCGGGAUGUGGGGUUUAGGGGUGCCUUUGUCUGGAGGCACAGCCCGUGUCGGCCCCGGGAGAGCAGCCAGGGCAGGAAGCCGAGGCUCAGGGGUGUGACCACACAGCAUCACAAC